AACGUUCAUGCAUUGGAAUUAAAGAUAAUGGUUAUUAUACCCGUUUUCAAUGAUUGCGUAUGAGAUACACGAAGAUAAAAAUAUAUAAAGAUUAUAUGAGGCCUUUGUAGUUUUGUGGGUUAACGAUAGGAGCAUUGUUACAAAUAGCAAAAACAUGCCUAGUGUAAAAAUGGAAAGUUAUUAGUAUAAGGACAGACAACACCAUGGACAAAGAAGAAAUAAGACGGAGAACAAUAAUUUGCAAAAUAUGAAGAAAAAAAAAUGAUGAUUGACUCGUGACAACCCGAGCGAAACAAAAAUCCGGGAUAAAUUAAGUUUACAUUAGUUUACUGAUGUUCAAAUCCCGUAAAUUGAUUUAAAAGUGACAAAUCAAGACAACAAACAAAAACUGAGGGAAUCGCAUGAACUCCAAAAAGUAUAUAAGGUUAAGCUUCUCCUGCCAUGCACCACCGGCCAUGUGAAUUCACACCCAAUCAAAAUGUCCCAAUCGGUUAAAUUGCAGAUCAGACAACUAUACUGGUAUUUAAAGAUCUAAGACCGCGAAAUCAUGUUGCUAGUGAGUUGAGACACCAACACAUAGUUUCGGUCAACCAAUUCGUGGUGGUGACUUCUUGUGUAGUGUCAAUUUCAGUCAUUCUACUAUACUCUGUUGGACUAAUUUUGUGUAAGGAACACAUCCCUGUUAAUGAAGCCCUUAUAGUAUGAACAUGCACGAGCGUAACGUACCAACUGUGAUAUAAAACUGUAUACGCUAGAAUAAGCGGUAUGUGACUACUGCGAAAUGGGAGGUCGUCAAUUGGAAAGCUGAAGUCAUAACGUGUGUCAUAGAUUAAAUAAAAAUAGAUAUUUCCUGUUCCGUUUUGACAUUUUUCUAGCAAUAGAAAAAUUACUACCCCUCAUCUUUCGAAUGAAUCCCCCCAAUAACAAUAUGUCAUAGAAACAAUUUCAUUAUAGUAAUGUAUUGGAAUUAAAAAGCUUUAUAGGAUUGUAAGUAUGCUUUAUUUUAUCACCUUGAUGACUAGAUUGUGGUUUUCUACAGCAGUUGGUUAAAAUGUCUGACCAGUUGAACAGUCUGGUUUGAUAAAACAAAUUACAAUUGGGUCAGAAUUUAAAUGAACUGCAUUAGAUGGAGAGCAACACCUACAGUUAAGUCACAAUAGUAUAGAAUCCAAACAUUAGAAUUGUUACUACAUAACGCAAAUUAACAAUACAAACAUAUAACAUUGACACAAAACAUUAUUAUGCAUGUUUUUUUUUUUAAAUGCAUGACAACAUGCCUCUCCUCAAAAUACCAUUUAAAUCAUUAUAUUACUUUCCAUGAAAACAAAUACACGUGAUCAUAUUCAACAAAUCACAUUUAUCGGAUAUUUCAAGAGGUUUUCACCAAUCAAAUUAUUAAGAAUGACAAUCUGUUACCGCACAUACAUAAUAUUAACGUGCACACACUUGGAUAUAUUUUCAUAGCUCUGUGAUAUUUUGAUUGAUCACUAUGUCUGUCAGAGUUCUAUUUUUUAUCUUUAUUUCUUUUACUUUUGCUCAUGCAAGGGAUUGUGAAUGCACCAAAUUGAAUGGCUGUUGCUAUGAUUUAAAUAAUGUAAAGGAAGAAUCUGUGGCUUUCACGGCCAUAACAACAAAUGGAGAUGCUUUACCUAAUGGUCCGAUAAUUUACGACAAGGUUGUUACGAAUGUCGGAAAAGCAUACAGUGCUAGGUCUGGUAUUUUCCAUGCUCCAGUUCAAGGUGUGUACAGCUUUUCCUUUAGUUUGAUGGGAUUUCAUAGUAACACUGUCUAUAUGCAUCUUUAUAAGAAUAAUGCUGAGGUUACCAGGCUGUAUACAAACGGAGGAGGCAGGCAUGAAGUUGCAUCGAAUACUGUUUACCUCACUCUGGAGAAAGGAGACGAAGUUUAUACGAAAGGAACAGAAGGGAAGAAGUUGUAUGCCGCAGAACCGUAUAAUCUGUUUUCGGGUGUUUUGAUAAAGAUCGGAAACUUUUGAAUUAACUGAAUACAUUAAACUGUAAAAGAAAUUUCAUUUUUUCAAGUAUUAUUAUAAAAUAGAACAGAAGCACAAAAAUAUAAAGGUUGCACAAUGCACAAUGAUUCGUUGAUUAUGAUAUUUAUUAAUUUAUUAAGAUUUUUAAAUUUUAAAUUCAAGGUUUUCCCAGCAUUUCAAAUAAACUCAUCAUAGAUACCAGGAUUGCAAUUUUGUAUUUGCACCAGACGCGCGUUUCAUCUACAAAAGACUCAAAAUGUGAACCUUUAACUAUCUCGAGUGAGAUGAUUAAAAGUCAAAUGAAACGAGUUUCAUGAGUAGGCCCAGUAAGACCCCUUUUGACCCCAAAAUAUAGCAGUUUUACAAAAUUGAUAAAAUGUAAAUUUUUAGCUAUUCAUUGGAAAGAAGAAUACUUCUGUAACAUAAAUAUGGGCUGUUUUUGACAAUACAAUGCAUUGGGUACAAGCAUCAUUAAGUCAUGCUUAAUUAUUGAAAUCUUCGAAAUUUUAGCAUUUUGGUUAAUUUUUAGACGGUUUCCGUCUGAAAUGGAAGUGGCCGCAUUUGUGUUCAUUCUUAAUAUUUAGAUGUAAGUUGUAUUUGAUGAUAAUACACAACAUAAAUAAAGGUUGAGAAUGAACACGGAUGCGGCCCCUUUCAUUUUUGACAAAAACUAUCUGAAUAGUGACAUAUUAUGGCAUAUUUGAUAGAUUUUUCAUAUUUAAGCUUGAAUUUGAGCGUCUUUAAUGACUAAAUCAGUUAAAAUCUUUCACAUAAACUAAUUGAAUCGACUGAAUUAGACACUUAAGUGUUUAAAAAGUGUCCAAAAUCUUUCAUCAGAUGAACCUGAAUUUUGAGGCCAAAAUCGGCCCUUACCGGACCUACUCCUUUUAACGUUAAAGAUUAUUGAACCAAUGCAUGUAUAUAUACUAAACUACAUCCUCUAUUCACGAUUUUUUUUAACAUUUAUUACGAAUCCAUCACAUAUAAUCGACAAACAUAUUUCAUUAAGUGAAAACUGAUUAACUUUUGUGGGUUUUUUUUUCCGAAGUUUACCGCACGAGACCUUUAUAAAAACCAACACAUAAUCAUGGAGCACGUGAAAUAAGUAAGAUGAAAGACAUGCAAUAGAGCGCUGUUUAUUUUAUAUAUAUAUAUAUUAAGAUUCAUUUAUUACACCUUGUGAUCCGUUUAUUUGGCAAUCGCCAAUGGCAGUCAGCAGGGUUUAAGAACAUUUGUUGUUCGACCUGUUAGUCAAAUGCGUUUUGUUAAAAUAUACUUUUUCACUUUUUGGUCUUUUAGAAAAUGUUGUUUGUGCUGUAUUUAGACCCCUCUAACAAGAAAUUAGUUUUUGCAUGCACACGUAUAAAAAUUGCGGUUUUUAUCCAACGCAAUCAUAGGUUUGAACGUUGUUUUCAAUUUAGACUUGUUUAUAUUUUUUCGUUUGGGCUUGUAUUAUAUUUGCCUUCGGGUUUAUAUGAUCCGUUCAUCCUAAUUUGACUCCUCAAAAUUCGAGAGUCUAUCCUAAAUUGAGGUAAAUUACACGGCCUUCCAAAUACUGUUUCGAUUCCUAACAUCAAUGAAGAGACAUUAAUUGUCGAAAUCCGGAUAUGGUGUACAAAAAUCUUUGCACCUUUGUUUGCGGUAUACCAUCUUUGCCGCAAGUUUAUUGUUUUCUGUUUGGUAUUAAAUUUUUAAUUAAGAUCCAUUUAUUACACCUUGUGAUCCGUUUUUUUGGCAAUCGCCAAUGGCAGUCAGCAGGGUUUAAGAACAUUUGUUGUUCGACCUGUUAGUCAAAUGCGUUUUGUUAAAAUAUACUUUUUUUUCACUUUUUGGUCUUUUAGAAAAUGUUGUUUGUGCUGUAUUUAGACCCCUCUAACAAGAAAUUAGUUUUUGCAUGCACACGUAUAAAAAUUGCGGUUUUUAUCCAACGCAAUCAUAGGUUUGAACGUUGUUUUCAAUUUAGACUUGUUUAUAUUUUUUCGUUUGGGCUUGUAUUAUAUUUGCCUUCGGGUUUAUAUGAUCCGUUCAUCCUAAUUUGACUCCUCAAAAUUCGAGAGUCUAUCCUAAAUUGAGGUAAAUUACACGGCCUUCCAAAUACUGUUUCGAUUCCUAACAUCACUGAAGAGACAUUAAUUGUCGAAAUCCGGAUAUGGUGUACAAAAAUCUUUGCACCUUUGUUUGCGGUAUACCAUCUUUGCCGCAAGUUUAUUGUUUUCUGUUUGGUAUUAAAUUUUUAAUUAAGAUCCAUUUAUUACACCUUGUGAUCCGUUUAUUUGGCAAUCGCCAAUGGCAGUCAGCAGGGUUUAAGAACAUUUGUUGUUCGACCUGUUAGUCAAAUGCGUUUUGUUAAAAUAUACUUUUUCACUUUUUGGUCUUUUAGAAAAUGUUGUUUGUGCUGUAUUUAGACCCCUCUAACAAGAAAUUAGUUUUUGCAUGCACACGUAUAAAAAUUGCGGUUUUUAUCCAACGCAAUCAUAGGUUUGAACGUUGUUUUCAAUUUAGACUUGUUUAUAUAUAUAUAUAUAUAUAUAUAUAUUCCAUGCAUUUAUAUUUGUUAACCAUUCUUUGUCAUAACAGUUGUUAAAUGAUUUGGGGUAUUAAAUUUUAUUCUUUCAUAAUUAA